UUUUUCCACCAUAGGAGUGUAAUGAGUGAACGUGACGCUUGAACUACAUUACCCAGAAAGCCGAGAAGCGUCACACGCGCCGGCGUCAUCGCCAUUUCUCAUGUAUCACACCCAAUUACAUGACAUAUGAAAGAAAAGAUAAUAAUAUAAACACUUACAUAAUUUAAUAAUGUUUUAUAAUAAUUAUUAUAAGCAGAUUUUGCCUUCAACUUAAGGCAACAUAAAGUUUUAUCGACUUUAAAAGCAUAUCGCUCACUUAUUAAAUGAGAGUAAACCUGAAACCUACUAAAUCCGAACAAUAACUCACAUAAAUCAUAAACUAAUAUCUGCUCUGAACUGUAAAUGGAACGGCUUCUGUCACGUGACUGGCACCUGUCAAUCAGCGCUCGCGCGCGCGCGUGUGUGUUCAGGUCCAGUCCUCACAGCGCGCGCUCAUAGAUCCUGUCACGCGUUAUAAUGCCGCAUAAGUCAAAGAAAGACAAGAGUGUGAAAUCCAGCAGAAAGGGAAGUAAACAGCCUGAAGAUGAUCAGGAUGAGGUAAAUGAGCAGGGUCUGAAUAAGAAGAUCAGUCCCAGAACGCAGCCGCUGCGCAGCAAACAUCCGUCCGACCCGAGUGCGCUGAAGAAACACCGCAGACUGAGCACCUCGUGCUUCCCCAUCAGUGUCAACCGCGAGCUGGAGCCGCUGGACGCCCUCACAGAUGUGGCUCCGGCCGAGCAGGAGAAGCUCUUCGUGCAGAAGCUGCGUCAGUGCUGCGUUCUCUUUGAUUUCCUGUCCGACCCCCUCAGUGACCUGAAAUGGAAGGAGGUGAAGCGGGCGGCGCUCAGCGAGAUGGUGGAGUUCAUCACCCACAACCGCGGCGUCAUCACCGAGCCCAUUUACCCAGAGGUGGUGCACAUGUUUGCCAUCAACAUGUUCAGGACGCUGCCGCCUUCGUCCAACCCGACGGGAGCAGAGUUUGACCCCGAGGAGGACGAACCCACUCUUGAAGCAGCGUGGCCUCAUCUACAGCUGGUGUACGAGUUUUUCCUGCGGUUUUUGGAGUCGCCUGAUUUUCAGCCCAAUGUCGCGAAAAAGUACAUUGAUCAGAAAUUUGUGAUGCAGCUUCUAGAGUUGUUUGACAGUGAAGAUCCUCGAGAAAGGGACUUCCUGAAAACCACCCUGCACCGAAUAUACGGAAAGUUUCUCGGGCUGCGGGCUUAUAUCAGAAAGCAGAUCAAUAACAUAUUUUACAGGUUUAUUUAUGAGACGGAGCAUCACAACGGAAUAGCUGAACUACUGGAGAUCCUGGGAAGCAUCAUCAACGGAUUUGCUUUACCCUUAAAAGAAGAGCACAAGAUUUUCCUGCUGAAGGUGCUGCUGCCGCUGCACAAGGUGAAGUCUCUGAGCGUCUAUCACCCGCAGUUGGCGUAUUGUGUGGUUCAGUUCCUGGAGAAGGACAGCACUCUCACGGAGCCGGUGGUCAUGGCUCUCCUCAAGUACUGGCCCAAGACUCACAGUCCAAAGGAGGUGAUGUUCCUCAACGAGCUGGAGGAGAUCCUGGACGUGAUCGAGCCGUCAGAGUUCGUGAAGGUCAUGGAGCCGCUCUUCCGUCAGUUAGCCAAGUGUGUGUCCAGUCCUCACUUUCAGGUGGCAGAGAGAGCUCUGUAUUACUGGAACAACGAGUACAUCAUGAGUCUCAUUAGUGACAACGCAGCCAGGAUUUUACCCAUCAUGUUCCCGGCGCUUUACCGCAACUCCAAGAGCCACUGGAACAAGACCAUUCACGGUUUGAUCUAUAACGCACUGAAGCUCUUCAUGGAGAUGAACCAGAAGCUGUUUGACGACUGCACACAACAGUUCAGAGCCGAGAAGAACAAAGAGAAGGCCAAGCUGAAAGAACGAGAGGAGGCUUGGAUGAAGAUCGAGAAUCUGGCCAAGUCAAACCCGCAGUGCGUUUUGUAUGUUGAUCCGUCCGGACUAAACAGUCCUGUAGAAAUGGAGACGGACGGUCCAUUUAUAGAAGAUGUUGAGAUCUUAAAAAAGACAGUGCAGUCCAGAGCCGUUCAGAUGUCGAGGGAGCAGAGGAAGGAGCGGCCACUCGUCCGCCGUAAAUCUGAACUGCCUCAGGACUCGUACACCGCGAAAGCCUUGGAGACGCACCGGCGCGCCGAAGACUCUCUCAACAACCACUCCGGCCACUAGCUCACGCCACGCUCUCAUUCUCAGGUUUUCCUUUGGGAGGCUCCACAUUUCCGGUGUUUCUUGACUCUCUCUUCCUGUCGUUCGCACAUCACCGUCGGUCCGGACGGGUGCGACGGCAGCGCGAGGCAGAAGCUUUCUUCGCUUUUCAGAUUUCUGUUUAUUUUCAGGGACGGUUGCCAGUGCCAAUACUGUCAUGUUUAUUAGCUUCCUGUAAACAUAGUUUUAUUUGUAUGAUUUCUGCUGAGCUAAUGUGGUGUUUCAGACUAAAGCACGUCAUGCGUUAUCUCUGUGUGAUCGCUCAGAUCUGAUGACUUUGAGUUCGUACACUUCUGUGCCAUAAUGAACUCUUAACUGUUUAGUUGAA